AUGAAUGUAAUAGUAGUUUCCGCGGAAUGUGCUCCUUGGUCAAAGACAGGAGGGCUUGGAGAUGUAGCUGGGACUCUGCCAAAAGCUUUGGCUAGGAGAGGGCACCGGGUUAUGGUUGUUUCCCCGAGGUAUGCCAAUUAUCCUGAAUCCAAAGAUAUAGGUGUUCGCAAAUAUUACAAAGCUCAUGGGCAGGAUCUGGAAGUAAAUUAUUUUCAUGCUUAUAUUGAUCGUGUGGAUUUUGUAUUUAUCGACAGUCCAGUUUUCCAUCAUCUAGAGAACAACAUUUAUGGGGGAGACCGGCUGGAAAUCUUGAAACGGAUGGUAUUGUUAUGCAAGGUAGCUGUAGAGGUUCCGUGGCAUGUUCCAUGUGGCGGCUUAUGCUAUGGAGACGGAAAUUUAAUUUUCAUUGCGAACGAUUGGCACACAUCACUUCUGCCUGUGUAUCUGAAAGCAUGCUACCGCGACAAUGGCUUGAUGAAGUAUGCCAGGUCCAUCUUGGUGAUCCACAACAUAUCUCACCAGGGGCGUGGUCCAGUUGAGGACUUCUUCCAUGUCGACUUGCCCGAUCAACACAUGGACCUCUUCAAGCUGUAUGAGCCGAUGGGAGGUGACCACUUCAACAUCUUCGCGGCCGGCCUCAAGACUGCUGACCGCGUGAUCACCGUCAGCCGUGGCUACGCAUGGGAGCUCACAACAUCCGAAGGUGGGUGGGGACUCCAUGAGAUCAUAAACGAGAACAACUGGAAGUUCCAAGGCAUCGUCAACGGGAUCGACACAGUGGACUGGAACCCUGAGCUGGAUCUUCACCUGCAAUCCGAUGGCUACAGAAACUAUUCCAUUGAGACUCUGCAAGCCGGGAAACCACAGUGCAAGGCGGCGCUGCAGAAGGAGCUCGGCCUCCCUGUCCGCGAGGACGUCCCCCUCAUCGGAUUCAUCGGCCGGCUGGAUCACCAGAAGGGCGUCGACCUCAUUGCGGGUGCGAUACCUUGGAUCGUCGGGCAGGACUUGCAGCUGGUGAUGCUGGGCACCGGGCGGGCCGACCUGGAGGAGAUGCUGCGCAAGUUCGACAGGGAGCACCACAACAAGGUGAGGGCGUGGGUGGGGUUCUCGGUGAAGAUGGCGCACAGGAUCACCGCAGGGGCGGACGUCCUGCUCAUGCCAUCGCGGUUCGAGCCCUGCGGGCUGAACCAGCUGUACGCCAUGAAGUACGGCACGGUCCCGGUGGUGCACGCCGUCGGCGGGCUUCGCGACACGGUGAUCCCGUUCGAUCCCUUCAGGGAGAGCGGGUUCGGGUGGACGUUCGACCGGGCGGAGGCCAACAAGCUGAUCAAUGCGCUGGGGAACUGCCUCAACACCUACAGGAACCAGAAGGAGAAUUGGAAGGGCCUGCAGACGCGAGGGAUGGCACAGGACCUGAGCUGGGACAACGCCGCCAAACAUUACGAGGAAGUCCUCGUCUCAGCUAAGUAUCAGUGGUGAUCUUUGAGAACAUGAACGAACAGUAUCUAUCUCAGCUAUCUGAUGAUCCAAUCCGGAUCUCUCUUCAACGAACCUGCAAAGAUUCGUCUAAGUAUUGUGUGCGUCCGUUUGAUUGAUGGCAUCAACAU